AUGUCUUGGCAAGCGUAUAUCGACCGGUUGGCCCAAUCAGGAGUAGAGAAGGCCGCCAUCUACGGUAAGAACGGUGCUGUGUGGGGAACAAGUCCCAAUUUCAGCCCUUCUCCAGACGAAGUUGCCGUUAUAGUGGACGCCGUCUGCCACAACGAUCAGAGCAUAUUCACAACAGGGGUACGUCUAGGAGGUAAACAAUGGACUGUUAUUCGAAUGGAAAAGGAAUCUGAUAUGCUCAUUCUAAAGGGAAAGGACCAGGAGACAUGUAAACAAAAUAUGAUUUGUGCUGCUUCCAACACAGCACUUAUAAUGGGAGCUAAUAUGGAUGAGAAAGUUCAGGCCGGAAAUGUUAGAGUAGCCGUUGAAGGUCUUCGUGACUAUCUCAAGACAAAUCAGUACUGA